AUGCCAGAAUUAUUAAACACAAUAAGAUCAUCCUUAGUACUAUGGAAAACCACUGACUCAACAAUCAAAACCAAAACCAACAUCCUCAAAGCAUUCGCACUCUCUAAAUUAACCUACUAUUCAUAUGUAGAGAACUUUAAGGAAGAGGAAUUAAACCAAAUCAAUAAAUUAGUCGAAUGGUUUUUAUCGGCACCAAACAACAAAAAUGCUAGUGGAUUUCAAGUUAUUAAUUUAAUGAGAACCAAAAGAGCAAGAUACCCACUAAAAGUAGGGGGCUGGAACAUUUGGAAUAUAGAAUUGAGACAACUGGCGCAGAAACUUUGGAUCAUAAACCAGUUCAUCCUAGCACUAGAAACCAAACAAACAAACUCAUCUCAUCACAAAAGCUGGGAAUAUCAGAUCCAAAAAAACAAAUUCACAUCCAGAUACCUAAAAGAAAACUUAGACGAAUGGAACAAAAUAAGAAUAAAAAAAGCAAUCUUCAACAAUAAUCUCACAUCCAUAAAAAACGAAAAUGGACAACCACUUUCACUGGCAGAAUGGUAUACCACAAUUCAAGACCAAAAUCCAACCAUCCCUAAAACGGAAUUCCAAUCAUCUCUAAACUUAAUUCAUUCAAAAGAUCUGAAAAACUUAUCAGCAAAAGACCAUAAUAAUUUCAAAGAUCCUAAGAUCCUUCUCACCUCAACGAUCAAGCUAAGAAAAACAACAGCUAAUUACUAUUGUAUUCCAGAAUCAUCUCUCCCAAAUAUUAUAUCUUUUGAUCAAUUCAUAUGA